UGUUAUUUCUUUACCUUGGGUCCAUUCUAAUCAGUGGAGGAAAGAAAGCGUGCAAGGUGGGUCUCCGUGCGUGUUUUGCCCGGCCAGCAUGACUCGUGGACGCCCCUGAGGGACUCGCAGGGCCGCCGAGUGUCGCCGAGCGCCAGAUGGUGUUUGGUGCUUGGAGCUGCCGUCCGUAGUGUCCGUCUCCGGAGGCAAGCAAGGCAGCUGCGGCCGAAACUCGGGAGGCAGGGGGAUGCAGAGGGCUCAGCAGGUUGGAAACGGCUGCUGACCAGGUGGAGGCUUGCCCCCCAGGGGAGGUGUAAUGCGGCGAAGCACGCGUGCCGCUACACCAGGGUCCGCGCCCAGAUGAUACCGGUGGCGAUGCAAUGAAUGACGAGGCCACCGGCGUCCAGCCACCAGCCCCCCUCACCAUGCCCCACAAGCACUGGCAGUACCCCAAGGCCAACGGGGUUAUCAUCGACAGGAUCAAGGAGGAGCAUAACCUCAACACUAUCCCAGAAGAAGGUGGCCACAGGAACAAUGAGAACUGCCAAACCCAAGCCCUAAACCUUUUCAACGGCCCGCCACAGGGCCAAGAGGACGAGGGGUCGCUCUCGGACUCCGAAGUGAGCAGAAUUUCCGCUGCCGGUGUGAACAUGCGUCUGAAAAAGAAGAAGCGCGUGUCGUCGAGCAGCGGGCUGACGUCGCAGUCGUCCGCCGUAGACGAGGACAGUCGUGACGCUGAGCGUCCAAUGUCCUGGGAGGGCGAGCUGUCCGACUCGGAGAUGAGCCGGCUGGACGAGGCGAUUGUCGCCGGUCGAGGUGCCAUUGUCGCCGCCGCGCAGGCCAAUUCCCUGCAGCAGCAGCAACAGCAGCAGGAGUAUGAAGAAGAGGCUUCGAUGGAAGGAGUACAAUGUGGUGGAGCGUCGCCCACGCGCUGCUCGCCGCCCAUGCCAGUUCUCCUCGACAUCAAACCGCCUCCUACUUUUAUCUAUGCGCAGAUGAGCGAGAAAGGUAUGAACCUGGUGAGCGGGUGCGGCGAGCAGCGCGACGAAUCAGUAUUGAAAGGGUCGACGCUGCCGCCGGGGCUGCCGUACACGCCGUCGCAGAGUCCGCUGACGCAGCGGCACAUGCUGCUCAGCAAGUCGCAGCAGCAGCAGCACCCGCCAACCCCGAGCCCCGAUUCUGCGAUCCACUCGGCCUACUACAGCCCGACGCAGUCGCCGGUGGCGUCACGGCACCCGCUCAGCUCUUCGGGCUUCAGCAGCCCGUACUCGACGCGGCACGCUACGCCGUCGCUGUCGCGCACCAGCUCGGACGCGUCGCAGUACUCGCAGCACUCCACCGGCUCGUGCUACUCGUCGCCGGCGCAGUUUUCCUCGCCGUCGCACAGCCCCGUACAGGCGCGACAUCCACUGCACCUGCUCGCGCACACCUCUCUCUCCAGGGACUAUGCCCUGCCGCCGCACGCUUCCCCAGGUGUCGUCGUCUACGCCAGGUCCGACGACGAGAAGCACGCCUACCUGCACGACCCCGUCCAUCACGAAGGACAAUACCUGCGGGACGACGUGGACGAUCAGCCAAGCCUUUCGUCCGGCGCCGGUAUCUCUAGGCAGCAGCUGAUCAACUCGCCGUGUCCGAUCUGCGGAGACAAGAUCUCCGGCUUCCACUACGGCAUCUUUUCCUGCGAGAGCUGCAAGGGCUUCUUCAAGAGGACCGUGCAGAAUCGCAAGAACUACGUCUGUCUACGCGGCUCAGCGUGCCCCGUCACCAUCGCCACCAGGAAGAAAUGUCCCGCAUGUCGCUUCGACAAGUGCCUCAAGGCAGGCAUGAAGCUUGAAGCGAUCCGCGAGGACAGGACGCGUGGGGGGCGAAGCACGUACCAGUGCUCGUACACGUUGCCCACAACUCUCAUCCCACCCGGCAGCUCAAGCUUGGAGCAGCAGCACUCGCCUGAGAAGCUGCCUUCCCCGAGCCUCGCACCCUCCACUUCCGCUCACCACUCUCAAGCAUUUCAGGCAGCACAGAUGCCGUCGCAGAGGGAGCAGACCAGAGUUAAAAUGGAAAACAUGGCUUCCGAGGCAGGAAUGUCGCAUCGUAACGCCAGCAGCAACGGCGUCAGCGUGCCACAGUUGUUACAAGAAAUCAUGGAUGUUGAACAUCUGUGGCACCAUGAACAAGGUGGAGGCCCUUCUUCAAGGAGGGCGAGAACGGCAGCUGAGGCAGCAUUGCUGGCAUCUGCUGGCGACGACUCAAGCUCAUCAACAAACCAAGACUUUAUUCAGGCCGCCGCCGCCUCGAAUGGCAGCACAGAUUUCAUACAAAACCUCUGCUCGAUCGCCGACCACCGACUGUACAAGAUCGUCAAGUGGUGCAAGAGUCUGCCUCUAUUUAAAUACAUAUCUAUUGAUGACCAAAUAGCUCUGCUGAUCAACGCCUGGUGCGAGCUGCUGCUGUUUUCCUGCUGCUUCCGCUCAAUGUCGUCUCCUGGAGAGAUCCGAGUGUCGCUGGGCAAAUCCCUGUCGCUGGAGAAGGCCCGCGCGCUAGGCCUGGGGCCCUGCAUCGAACGCAUGCUCAACUUCACUGAGCACUUGCGCCGUCUCAGACUGGACAAGUACGAAUACGUCGCCAUGAAGGUUAUCGUUUUGCUUACGUCGGACACGUCUGACCUGAAAGAGCCUGAAAAGGUGCGAGCUUCUCAGGAGAAAGUAUUGGAAGCCCUUCAGCAUUACACCUUGCAAAGGUACCCAGACCUUCCCUCCAAGUUUGGCGAGCUGCUUCUCCGAAUCCCCGAACUGCAAAGAGCAUGUCAGAUUGGAAAAGAAAUGCUGAGCUUAAAGAACAAGGAUGGAGAAGGGUCGUCAAGUUUCAACCUGUUAAUGGAGCUCUUGAGAGGAGACCACUGAUGAUAGUGCCACAAAGUAAGCAGAAAUUGCAAAAAAAAGUCCGCGUCGGCGGAGAGCGAAACUGUGCAGGUCCAGUCGUGCCUUACGGCCUCGGGAAACUGACAAAGUGUUGACGUCGCAAACAUAAACAACGCAAAGGCUUGACCCAAGACUUGAAAGAGAGCAGAUAAUACUUACUAUGGUAGCAAAUCGAAUAACGGUGUUUGUGGACAGUGCUGUAGCAAAUAAGAAGAUAACCCGUAAAUGUGGCCAACUUUUGUAACACUUUGUACACGCGCGCGCGACUCUGUAAUUCUCUGUAUUCUCUCCCCCAUAGUGAUAAUUCAUUACUUAAUAUCCGCCGCUUAAUAAAAACGAAUCUUCGAUGUGAAUGUUAGGCUAAUUUCCUAGCUCGUAGUCGUCUGAUCGGUUGAGUCUAUCAGAUUCCCCCCCCCCCCCAAGUCCGAAAAGUGUCCCGGACAGAUGGCGCCACUGUCAGAGCUCGUGACACUGGUGAUCCACGCGAAUGGCCAUUUUUUAAAUCAGGAAAUCGGCUUAUGUGAGAAUGAAUGUUUUUAAGGAUUUGGGCACGUUUUCUUAGCGGAAAACCUGCUUCAAGAUGACUGAGCUCUUGAGCUGUUUGAUGCCAAAUUGUAUCAUUGCCCGCUUGUUGAGUUUUUGUUGUUCGAGAGAGAAAGAGAGAGAUAUGUUGCUGGUCACGUUUGGCAUUAUUUGGAGCUGGGCAGUCACGAAAUCCUUUUCUCUUAUGUACUGUGCCAAAGCGUUGAUUUCCACACAAACAAACUUUACAGACGAGGCCUUUGAACGAACCUUUUUGCUAAAUUUGGUGACCUGACGUGUGUGCUAUUUUGAUCGAGCGCUCCAACCUAAAUCUCAAAACCCGAUUUGCUCGUUGGAAAAAGAUUUUUAUCACGCAUUGCAUCCCACAAUGUGAUUGUUGAUUUUUCUUUUCACAUGUAAUUUUUUAUUCCUUGUUUUCACGAUGCUUUUUUAAGUAAUAAUAAGGUUUUUAUUAAUAUUACUUUUAUAUCGAAUAAAUCUCACAAGAGAAGAGAGGAAAAUUACAUUUUGGUUACAAGGUUAAGGGUGAUCUUUUGUGAAAAAAUAUUGAUAGGCUUUGAAAAAGCUUCAAUCUCCACCAAACAUCUACAAGAGCUUAUUAUCAUAAUUUAUUAUUGAUUAUAGUAAUAAAACGCCUAUUGUGAUUUCGAAA